AUGUCUUCACAACUCUUCAAAGAAAACCAAUCGUUAUUUGAAAAUCAGACUGAUUUAAAACACAACGCAUCAUGUUCAUUGGAAAGCGAAUUUGCGCCAAAUUUCAGUAUGGCAGAAAGAACAAUCCUCACCGUCAUCAGCACGGUACAGUUGCUCAGCGGAAUCUCGCUAAACAGUAUGGCCUUGUUGAUUCUAGUAACACACUCGGGUUUGUUACUAAAAGUUCCGGCGAAUAGAAUUCUUUGUAGCCUGAUGGUAAACGAUUUUUUAUCAUCUACCAUAUUCCUACCAUACCACACUUAUCUGUUCAGACAGGAGUAUCAAACACUGACCGAGAUUCGAGUGUACCGCACUUUGGCCGCGUUUUGUUCGACAUGGUCAGUUCUCAACUGUUUAGCUAUCACAGCGGAUAGAUUUCUGGCUAUUUUAUACCCUCUACGAUACAAUACUUUAAUAGUUAUUCUCAAAGUACGUUUACUGGUCUUUUUUGCCGUGGGGAUAACUACAGUAUUUACGCUCGCACUUUUUGCUGCGUCGUAUCUGGGACGAAAUGAUCUACGCUUGGUCCUCGAAUGCAUGGCUGUGUUGAUUCUAUUUCUGCCUGUUGUUCUUUACAGCAAAAUCUACCGUUCAGCUAGAGAACAGAUCAAGAAGAUUACAAUUGGAUGUAGAACUAACGCCGAAGAGCUCAAAAUGAGUCUCAAAUCUGCGGCAAACAGCGCACGAGUUGUAGUUCUACUAAUUGCAAGUUUCGUCCCGCUUUUGGCAUAUGGCAUUUUGGUUGAAGAAAGCGCGCGGCCGCUCGCGGAGAAGUCCCGGUUCCUAACAUGGGCAGUGUCUUUCUGUUUCUGGAAUUCUUGUGCAGAUCCGUUGGUUUAUUUCAUUUGUUCGACGAAGUUUAGAACGAUAAUUCGCGCAAGCUUGCGUCGAUGGCUUCGCUCUCUUCGCGAGAGGAUUGACAAUUUAAUGACAAGCUAA